CUGAGCGUCAAAUUUAUUUAUUAUUCUGCUCUUCAUCGAUAUCAAAACUUUCUGUAUUCGGCUGUUGUGCGUAGGAACAAUGCGCUCAUCUAGUCUCCUACUCCCACUGGGGGCUGCGUUGGCAGUGUCCCAGCAGACAAUCCUACGAUCAGAUCUGGAUACGCAGAUCGACUCCUCGUUCCAGAUCUAUCGGAGCGAUCUUUCCCCGCACCAUUCCCUCCGCAUCAAGAGCCAAAAUGCAACGCUCUGCAACACCACCGUGAACCAAUACACGGGGUGGUUGGAUAAUGGACACAAACAUCUAUUCUUCUGGUACUUCGAGAGCGAGAAUAAGAAUUCUACUGCUGCACAGGAUGAACAACCUCUUAUGCUUUGGCAGAAUGGUGGUCCUGGAGCCUCGAGUAUACUCGGGUUACUGCAAGAGCUUGGCCCUUGUCUAAUUAAUGAAUAUGGGAAUAGAACCGUCAUGAAUCCAUAUUCUUGGAACAAGGAAACUGCGUUAUUGUUUGUUGACCAGCCAGUUGGAGUGGGAUUUUCGUACUAUGAUGGCGAUUCUCUGGAAGAGCAGCCUGGAGACUCCUACGCCAGUGCCGCCGAUAUGUAUAUUUUCCUCCAGAUGUUCGUGAGCCAGGUGUUUCCUGUGCAUCGCAAUGGCCCAAUCACUUUAACGGGUGAGAGCUAUGGUGGUCACUAUGUUCCCACUCUGGGGGCUGAGAUCGUCCGUCAGAACAGUCUUCACCCCACUCGUCCACAUGUGAACUUGAAAUCCAUCGCUGUCGGCAACCCUCUUGUCAGCGAUGCAGAUAGAGCAUUCGGGUACUGGGAGACGUUAUGUACGACGAAUCCGGGCGUCUCAGAACCUGUGUUUAAUGAGACACGAUGCGAUAUCAUGGCGGAAAAUCUCCCUCGCUGCCUGGAAGUCAUCAAGACAUGCAAUACGUUCCCGGACCCGGCGAUCUGCGAGGCAGCUAGUACGGUCUGCUGGGACGGCGUGAUUGGCCAUUAUGAUAGUGAAGCUGACGGUCUGCCGGGAAGUCGCAAUCGUUUUGAUAUAACUCGACCAUGCGAGAGUGCCGUGUUCUGCUACACCAAAAGUGCCCUUAUCAACGACUACCUAAACUCACCAGCACCGUGGUCUGCACUCAGCGUACCCGCCGCUGUUAAGAACUACACCAUCAACUCUGACGACGUGUAUGGCCGAUUCAAAGCCACAAGUGACAUCACGCUUGCUACGGUCUCUUCCGUGCAGUACCUCCUACAAAACCAGAUCGACGUCCUGAUCUACUCCGGCAAUCUGGACUUGGCCUGUAACACGGCCAGUUCGAAGCGAUGGAUGGACGCCAUGCCGUGGAAAGGUCAAGCGGCGUUCGCAUCAAAGAGCCUUACUCCAUGGACGAGCGUUGUUGGAGGAAAGAAAGUGAAAGCCGGAACGUUCAAGGAAGUUAACAUUAAGAUCGGAGCUGCUGGUUCAAAUUCGAACACUACGAGGUUCGCACUUGUUACGAUCGAUGGAUCAGGACAUAUGGUUCCCCAGGAUCAACCAGAAAUCGCAUUAGAUAUGAUCAGCAGAUGGCUCUCGCGGGCAUCAUUUGCCUGAAGAGAAAGCUAACGCAGAUACUAUAUUCAAUUUCCAACGAGGAGAUAAUGAAAUCGUUGCUUCCAUAGCUUAGAUAUACACGUGGUCUGCUGCAUAUAUAGACAAAUCAUUUACCACAUGCUGCUAAAAUGAGCCUCGCUUCAGAUAUACUACUAGGGC